GUGAAAAUAACGCAGCUACAGCUAAAGUAGCAACACCUGUGAAAAUGCUACCCCGACUUGUUUGUAUCAAUGAUUAUGAACAGCAUGCGAAAUCAGUGCUUCAAAAGACUAUAUAUGACUAUUAUAGAUCUGGGGCAAAUGAUCAGGAAACCUUGGCUGAUAAUAUUACAGCAUUUUCCAGAUGGAAGCUGUAUCCACGGGUACUCCGGAAUGUGGCUGAAAUCGAUCUGUCCACUACCGUGUUAGGACAGAGGGUCAGCAUGCCGAUCUGUGCUGCAGCUACCGCCAUGCAGUGCAUGGCUCAUGUGGAUGGUGAACUUGCUACUGUGAGAGCCUGUCAGACCCUGGGAACCGGCAUGAUGCUGAGUUCAUGGGCUACCUCCACAAUUGAAGAAGUGGCUGAGGCUGGACCCAAGGCACUUCGCUGGUUUCAACUAUAUAUUUACAAAGACCGUGAGCUCACUACCCAGCUAGUGAAGCGAGCUGAGAAGAUGGGGUACAAAGCCAUAUUUGUGACUGUGGAUACCCCUUAUUUAGGCAAUCGCUUUGAUGAUGUACGCAACAGGUUCAAGCUGCCACCCCACCUCAGGAUGAAAAAUUUUGAAGCCAAUGAUUUGUCCUUUUCUCCCACUGAAAAUUUUGGAGAAACCAGUGGACUUGCUGCAUAUGUAGCAAAAAUAAUAGACCCAUCUAUCAGCUGGGAUGAUAUUAAGUGGCUCAGAGGACUUACAUCAUUACCCAUUGUGGCAAAGGGCAUUUUGAGAGGUGAUGAUGCCAGGGAGGCAGUUAAACUCGGUGUGGAUGGGAUCUUGGUGUCUAAUCAUGGAGCUCGACAACUCGACGGGGUGCCGGCCACUAUUGAUGCUCUGACAGAAGUUGUGGAGGCUGUGGAAGGAAAGGUGGAAGUUUUCCUGGAUGGGGGUGUGAGGAAAGGCACUGAUGUUCUGAAAGCAUUGGCCCUCGGUGCCAAGGCUGUGUUUGUGGGGAGACCCAUCAUAUGGGGCUUGGCUUUCCAGGGGGAGAAAGGUGUCCAAGAUGUCCUUGAGAUACUCAAAGAAGAAUUUCGUCUGGCCAUGGCUCUGAGUGGGUGCCAGAAUGUGAAAGUCAUCGACAAGACAUUGGUGCGGAAAAAUCCUUUGGCUGUUUCCAAGAUCUGACAGUGCACAAUAUUUUCCCAUCUGUAUUAUUUUUUUUUCAGCAUGUAUUACUUGACAAAGAGACACUGUGCAGAAGGCGACCACAGCCUGUAAUUCCCCACUUCAACACAAAGGGUGUCGUUCUUCUCCAACAAAAAAAAAGUGAUCCCUUUUAGCUCAUUGCUUUUGACUUUUCAAUGGGAGUCCUAGGAACCUUUUAGAAAGAAAUGGACUUGCAUCCUGGAAAUAUAUUAACUGUUACAAAAGAAAACAUUUGAAAAUGUGUUUAGACAACGUCAUCCUCUGGCAGGCGAAAGUGCUGGGGAAACAAAAGGUAUACUUUUGGUAAAAUUUGAGGUAGUGAACAUUGAGGUAGAAGAUAAUGAUCUCACUGUUUAUGAAGUUGCAUUGUGUUUAAAUAAUCUUAGUAUACUACACUGGUUCUUAAAUUGCAAGCUCCGGUUGGAAAUGUUGGAAAUGCUUAGAGAAACAUGAGAUUUGGACUCACAACACCGAAGGUAGCACUGGGUAGGAUUGAAAUAGAGGAGAAAUGUGUGAUUCUUUAGAUACUAAACUGGUUUAGUUUUUGUUUUUGUCAACACCCUGAACUAUUUCUUUAAAUGUAGAUUUUCAGCUCUAUAUUUAGUGUCUGGAUACACUGUCAUGUGUUGUAGAGUAUCUCUUAAUCAAAAUACGGCACUUUUUUUUUUUUUAAAUAAAGUGUAUCUGGUCUA